AUGUCCAGCUCCUCUACUAAGCAGGAGACUCCAAGCUCUCCUACCUUUUGGCUCAAUACGGAACGGACAUGGAAUCAACAAUCGUCGGAGCUGCUCCUCACCCAAGACGACAUGGGGUCAUCUAAGGGUGAGGAUUUGUGGGAUAUUCCGUGGGAUAGGUUGUCUCCUCAAAAUGCGACAGAGGUAUCCGAUGUGGAGAAUUUCUGGGAUGUUUCUUGGAAUGAAUUGCUCUAUCUUCCCAUCUGGACAGUCGAAAAAAUUGUCAAAUUUUCCGAUGGCACGCUGGCCCAUGAGCUCAAGUUGCGACCUGUAGUAUGCCGCUUCCAUCAAGCACUGACCUUGAAUCUGUCCGAAGCUCUGAAAUUUUUCUACAACUACCGCGAAGAGAAAAUCCGGAAAGUGAAUCCUAGCACUCGUCUUCCUAUCUACGAUAUCGAUAGUAUUCCAGGCCAGCGCAUUUGUAAAUUCCUAGAUCAGGUAUACUGGGGCAAAGAACUCAUGGUGGUGAUGGAAGUUAGAACAGUUCUAUACUGGUUCAGUCAUAUUUAA